AUAUCAUUGUAAUAAAAAUUUUUGAUAUCUGUUGGUAAUUAUUAUUAUUACCAUAAAAAUAUCUACUAAACCAUAUUAUAAGUUUAUUGUUAAGUUAAUCCCGCAUUGGGCGGCAAUACUAACAAUAAUUGCAGGACGUGAGGUAUAAAACGUGCGAAAAAACCAAUUGUGUAAAACAUUUUCAAAGGGUGAGCUGGUCGCCGUUUUCACGGUCGCCGGACGCGAGGUAGGCGCGCCAGGCGGCCGCACCGCUCUACAAAAAACAACUUUCCUCGAAACGGCGAUGGCGCUAAGCUUCAGACGGAAUCCGAAAAAGCGGUAACUGCUAAAAGUUAACAUGGCUGUUAAGGUCUUUCGUUGCUAUAUCCUUUUGGGCCGAAAUAACUUGUUGAUGUGCGCUCCGGGCGGCGCGGGUGUGAGCGGGUGGAAGGGGGGCUAGCGCCGUCGAGCGACGGCCUGUCUACGCCGACGAGUCGGCGACACCCUGUCUGCCGCGGACGGCGACGUUGCCGCACUGUGCGCAUUCUUGGCCGCUUGCGCCCCCCUCCCGGUCUCAUGAACCACCCGCGCGCACAGUGCGGCAACGACGCAUGCAAACUUGUUUCGUAAACGGAUGUGGCAGCGACCUAGGCAGUUCACAUGGCAUCUCGCUCUGACGCUGUGGACUGUGCACGCUAGAAAAAGAUAGCAGUGGUGGCGCUACGAGCUAUCGGCUCCCACUUGCGGCAUUUUUUCACGCCGAGAAUGAGGCGAGAUUACUGGCUAAAGCAACGUUUACAUGAAUCCCAAUAGCCAACGUUAUUAUACCCACGAUAUAACUCUAAAUUAUUACGUUUAUUGUUAAUUUAGGCAUAGGAGCCUUAUAGUAUUUGGAUUUUUUCAUUUUUUUAGAUACUAUUUGUGGUAGCCGACUUAUUUCUUCCAUGUAACUAUAAAUACCUUACCAAAUUGAAUGUUUUCAUUUUAAAUAUAAAUUAUUCCCUUCGUUAUGUUUCUUCUACGAUUUUUUUAAACCAUUCGAAAAUUAAAAUAAAUAUUUAUUUGGGAUUUGAACCCAGCACCUCUUUCAGAGCAGCACAUUGACCUUGUUCUACCACGAAGGUCAAAAUGUAGAUUAUCUGUAUAAUAAAAUAUGUUGGCAAAAUUCGAGGUUGUUAUUGAAACAAACCUAUUUUUAGUGGACGAAACUAAAUUUAAAUGUAAAAUACAUACAUACACUUCACAAGUGAACAAGCCCUUAUGUGUAUACGAGGCUCGCGCGCGUCGCACACUCAUGUCGGGUGGGCAGCGGUGCGCCGCCAACAUCCUCGCGGCACCGCACCGAGCGAGCAGUCAGUUCGGCGCCGACAGCCGCCACGCGCACACGUCUCUCAGACAAAUGGCCGCAGCCCACAUUCAUCAGGCCCCCGCGCCCUCAGACCGCCGCCCCGAGGGUCGGGCGGGCUCUCGCCGUAUCUUCCCACCACAAUUCAAGCUCCAAGUUCUCGAAGCGUACAGACGCGACGCUCAAUGUCGUGGCAAUCAACGUGCAACCGCCAGGAAGUUUGGCAUUCAUCGACGUCAAAUACAAAAGUGGCUUCAAGCUGAGCCCACUUUACGAGCGGCGCUAUUGAGACGCGCUCCCCAACCAGCGCCGUCCCCACCACCGUACGCGGCCGGAUCGCCGGAGAGCGCCCGACUCCCAUCGCCACCACCGGCUAUGAUCCCCACGCCGGUGCAGGUGCCCACUCCGUUGCCAGCGACCGUACCACCCCAGAUAACCGUGCCAUCGCCCGUUGCAGCUGAACCUAUAGACUUGUCAGUGCGGCGGCCCACACCUCCACCUAUAGUGAAUCCAUAUGUAUCAUGUACCACAGCUACAACAGCGGAGACACCGAGAAAACCGUAUACAUUAUUCAGGCCUUAUCUCCUCGAGGACAAUGAGGAGAAGAGGCCAGCAGUAGCAUCCCUACCAGUAUCCAGCGGCGUCCACGUGUCAGCAUUCGUGCCUGUGCAGAGCGCGGCGGGGUGCGUCGGGUCCGCGUGUCCGCCGCGCUGGUGCGCCGCCGUGCCGUCUUUCCCGGCGCCGCUGAGAUGAGAGCCAGCCCCCGGGGCUCGGCCCCGCACCUUCUGUGAUCUAGUCGCCGUCGCCCGCCUGGCGCCGCCCGGGGCGUAGCCCUCCAUCAACGUGCCUUAACGUACACGCCGCCAUAGUGCAUUAUGCCGUCAUUUUGAGAUGAUAGCUUAUUUUUGUGUAUAAGAUAUAGAAUGUAUUUUUAUAUGUGAGUUUUUAUGGAACACACUCACAUUUAUGAAGAUUGAUUAUUAUAAUAUUAUUAUAUAUUAAUAAAAGUUGUUUACUAUA